GUGAUAACAACGCCGGCGACGCGCAUUACAAACUCCUUGACACAUGUUGACAGACCACAAAUCCUACGCAUAUCACAUUAAGUUCGUUACGUGCAUUGUAAUAUUCACUAAUUACUUUUUGUGUUUCUUCUCUUAUUUAAACUGUUUCAGAGGCCCGUAGCUUCUCUUCUAACGGCAGCAUGAUCGUCGUCAGCAACAGACUACCGUUUGUCCUUAAACGGAAUGAAAUUACCGGAAAACUUGAGAGAAAAGCGAGCGCCGGGGGCCUCGUCACAGCGGUAGCACCUGUCGUAAUAAGCGGAAACGGAGUGUGGGUUGGAUGGCCAGGAAUGCACAUGGAUGACCCAAACGAACAGAUUCCAGAAUCAGAUCCGAACGAUCGUACGCCAACGGCAGGUCUCUUAUCUCGUAAGGUUGUCGCUGUGCAUGUUAAUGAGCUAAUAUUCGAUUCGUAUUACAAUGGAUGCUGCAACGGUACAUUUUGGCCACUUUUUCACUCCAUGCCUGACCGUGCAACUUUUAUUGCCGAGCACUGGCGUGCCUAUGCAGCCGUCAAUCAAGAGUUUGCCGCUCAAACCGUGAACGCACUUGAACAAAUCCACAAGGAACAAUCAGGGCAGGUAAACGGGACACCGUUGGUAUGGAUUCACGACUAUCACUUGAUGUUGGCAGCAAAUUGGGUCAGACAAUCAGCGGAAGAAAAAAAUCUCCGAUCAAAAUUAGGCUUCUUUCUUCAUAUUCCGUUCCCGCCUUGGGACAUCUUCAGAUUGUUCCCAUGGGCGGACGAAAUCCUCCAAGGAAUGCUUGGCUGCGACAUGGUCGGCUUUCACAUUCAGGAUUACUGUUUAAAUUUCGUCGAUUGCUGUCAAAGAAGUCUUGGCUGCCGUGUAGACCGAAAAAAUCUCCUCGUCGAACAUGGUGGUCGAACUGUUAGAGUCCGACCUCUUCCGAUUGGAAUACCUUUCGACAGAUUUGUGGCUCUGGCCGAAAGCGCACCCAAAGUUAUGCUGACCAAUCAAAAAAUCGUACUUGGUGUCGAUCGCCUCGACUAUACCAAAGGUCUCGUUCAUAGACUGAAGGCGUUCGAAAUGCUCUUGGAAAAGCAUCCCCAGCAUAGAGAACAGGUGACUAUGCUCCAAAUAGCGGUACCAUCGAGAACCGAUGUCCGGGAGUACCAGGACCUUAAGCUUGAGAUGGAUCAAUUGGUGGGUCGCAUAAAUGGUCGUUUCACCACGCCAAAUUGGUCGCCAAUUCGGUACAUCUACGGGUGUGUCAGCCAGGAAGAAUUGGCCGCAUUUUACAGAGAAGCCGCAGUUGCAUUGGUCACCCCUCUACGUGAUGGGAUGAACUUGGUUGCGAAAGAGUUCGUGGCCUGCCAGAUAACCGAACCUCCUGGCGUUUUGAUCGUCUCACCCUUUGCUGGUGCAGGUGAAAUGAUGCACGAAGCACUGAUAUGCAACCCUUACGAAAUCGACGAAGCCGCUGAAGUCAUUCAUAGAGCACUAACAAUGCCCGAGGACGAGCGUACGCUGCGUAUGAACCACUUGCGUCGUCGUGAGAGGAUCUACGAUGUGAACUACUGGAUGAAAUCAUUCCUCCAAGUAAUGGGAUCACUUGAAGAAAGAGAUUCGGUUGGUGCUACCACGAUGCAGCCGGUAACGAUGGACGACUUUGACGAUUAUUUGAGCAAGUAUAUUGGCGACAAUCACAAGUUGGCCCUUCUCUUGGACUACGACGGUACCUUGGCACCGAUAGCGACACAUCCUGACCUUGCUAUCCUGCCGUUGGAGACAAAGAAUGUUCUUCAGAGGCUUUCCAACUUGCCGGAUGUAUACAUCGCCAUCGUAAGUGGAAGGAACGUCAACAACGUAAAAUCGAUGGUCGGAAUCGAGGGCAUCACGUACGCUGGAAAUCACGGUCUUGAAAUUUUACAUCCCGACGGAAGCAAGUUCGUGCAUCCGAUGCCCGUUGAAUUCGAGGAUAAAGUUGCCGGACUUAUGCAGACUUUGCAGGAUCAGGUGUGCAAGCACGGCGCGUGGGUAGAGAACAAGGGAGCUCUCCUGACAUUCCACUAUCGAGAAGCACCGAUGGAAAAACGAGCUGCAAUGGUCGAACAGGCCAGAAAAUUGAUCGAAGAGUCUGGAUUCAAAGCUUGUGCCGCUCACUGCGCGAUUGAAGCGAAACCACCCGUGGAAUGGAACAAAGGACGUGCUUCGAUCUACAUUUUACGAACUGCCUUCGGUUUAGACUGGAGUGAACGCAUCAGGAUCAUAUAUGCCGGAGACGACGCGACAGACGAAGACGCAAUGAAGGCAUUGAAGGGCAUGGCGGCGACCUUCCGCGUUGCAUCUUCGCACAUAAUCCGUACCUCAGCGGAGCGUCGUCUGCCGAGUACAGAUUCAGUGCUGACAAUGUUGAAGUGGGUUGAACGACAUUUGAGCAAACGUAAACCACGUAACAGCACCGUGGAUCAUAUUCAGUCUUCACGAUUCCGCAGAGGAAGUCCCGGUAUCGCCAUGGAGAUGUCUUUUACAUCUCCAGAAAAGCAGAAGCUUGAGCAACAGCCUGCAAUUGCAUUCCUCAAGUGGUCAACGUAGAGGAACCUGGUCGGACGAUCCUCAAAUCUUAGGUCUAAUCGUCCCAGGAUUAAGUUUGCCUAGUAUCACGCAUCUAGUAAUCCUGUAUAUUUGGUCGAAAUUCUAUUCAAAAUCACCCUAUCAUCUUAUUUCCACGACAGCAAACCACGUUCGAUCAUCAUGUGAAAGUAUUCGAAGGAUCAGUGAGCAAGAUCAUGAUUUUUCCACCGAGCAAUAAUAACAUUUUGCAAGUAUUGAUACACGAAGGACACAGAAAAAUUGCGGGAGUUUAAGGAGUUGUAAACUAUUUUGAAAAUCAUGAAAGAUACGAUUACAGAUAAUAUUCCAUUUUUUCUCUUAUUUCAUACGCGUUAACUUCAUUGAUAUCGUACAAAAUUCAAAUUUUGAGGUGAUAAAUCAACAGUAUAGCUUAACUUCAAUUAUACUAAUCGUAUUCAUAUUCUCUCAUUAUUGUAGGGAAUUGAUUCUCUACGGGCAAUACCUCCUAAAUCAUAUUCUAAAGCUGUGAUCACCGUUAUUUUUCGCUACUAGUAGAUUUGUAAGAUACAUUAAAACUGCGGAUAUUUGAAUACGGUUAUCACGACUGAAUUAACUCUCAUGAUAUGUUACAUUUCUAACCACACGUAUAUAUUUAAGGUUCUUUAAUUCGAUCGGACAACUCGAUUCAAAGUUUAGAGAUAGUGAUUCGUCAUAUGUAAAGUAAGGAAGGCCUCUUCAAUGCGAUUCUUAGAUUCCUUUUUUUUUUGAUCCAAUAUAAACAACGUCAUAAUAUGUAGACCGACCAAAAGAAUUUACCUCAGAAAAAAAAAAAAAAAAAUGGUUUAUCUCUCAUCUAUUCCCAACCUUUGACGUGGUGAUAGUCUAUAAGAGAAUAUCAAUGAGUUACACUCUAGAGAAACGUGUGUAUAUUUUUCUAUGAAUUUUUAAGCUGCUAUAUUUUUAUACAUACUUCAGAACAUUCGGAAUGAGAUUAAAUGAACAUCUGUUAGGAAAAAAUCAGACAAUCGAAAAUAAUUGAAUUACAGGAAUUUAUCUAAAACCAGUUCAAUAUCAAAUCGCAUCAGUCAACCCAUACUCUUUCUGUAAGUGAGAAAAGAAAUACUUUUACGCUCUGUUACUCCUUCUGUUAUUCUUUAUUGUCUUGUUUUAUGAUGAACGUUAUUUAAAAUACAGCGUUUUAACUUAGGUCUUAUAGUUAAGUUAGAUUUAUGGAUCAUUGAUAUUGUAUUAGUAAUUUGGAAGCUCCUGAGUUAAUACAAUAAGGCCAGCAUCAGCAAUCUCGUAUUUCCUUUCGUAUUUAUUAGUCAAUAUAUUCAUUACUAGUCACCGUAACAGAAAAAAAGUAUCAAAAAAAAAACCAUCACUCAUGCGCACGAAAAAUUAAUCCAACAUUUCGAACCCAAAAAGACGCGAGCUUUUUCAGAAAUUUGUCAGAAUACAUAUUUUCUGUAUCAAAAUAAAAAAUGUACGGGCUGGGUCACCUCUGGCGUGAAAAACUAGGAAAACGUACGAAAAUAAUUAUGGUGCUAUGGGUUAAAUAUCUUAUGCGAAUCGGAGUAGAUUCGGAAAAAAGUUUCUCUGAAAAAGAAGAUUCGUUUCCAUUGGAGAAAAUGGCGGAUGGUUGGAAUUAUGAAAACUAGUCCUUUUCGUGAAAGGUAUUUUGAACAUAAUUUAUUAUUUUUGAGAUCAUGCAACUUUCAGCCGUAUUUACCUUGGUUCGCGAAAUAUUCGACUGGAACGUUCGAAAUGUGCUAGCCUGUAUGAUAAUGAUGAUAAUAAUAAUAUUGUUAAUCAUGAUAUUGAUAUUAGUCGUAGUCCAUAGUAAUAUAGUAGUUUUUAGUAAUAUUAAUGAUAAUAACGAUAAUAAUCCCAUUAUACGAUAAUAAAGAAAUGAUGAAGAAUGCGACAUACAUGAAAGGAAGAAAUUAUCAAGGGUGCAAUCUAUAAUGUGCUUGAUGACAAUUCAUUCAAAUUUUUAGUACCGGUAUCUGAAGUUCCUUAUUGGUACAUUUAUACAUAUCUGCAAAUAAGUACUUUUACUGAAGCUUUCAACUUCAGGGUGGCUCAAAAAUCGGAUUCGAUAAUUCUGACUGUGCCAUAUUAUACAUUGUAUUACAUAUAGUAUAGGCAACAUUAACAAAUCAAUCGACCAAUUUGUCCUAUAAUUUCAAUUGGAAAUACUCAUCAUAUUAUAUACCUACACAAAAAGUAUUCGCAUAGUGUAAUAUGUGAUACAGAGAUACUCGUUAUAUUUUUCGAUCCACCAUUGACCUAGAAGUUGGUAAUCCUAUACAGUACAUCGGAAACAAGAAUAUUAUCGAUUUGUGUAUCAAAGGUCAGUUAAAAUUGAAUUGAAUUGAAUUGAAAGCAAGUUACUAGUGUAACAAUAAUCAUUGUGUAAAUUUAUCGACGUGAACAAUCGAAACUUGAAGCCACAUACAUUUUUUUUUUUUUUUUCGAUUUGGUUAUUCUCUUGUAAAAUAAGAGAUGACACAGAUAUGUGUAACCAAUCAAUUGAUACACAGGACUGCAUCAUGAGGCCUUUCCUAAUAAAAGUUGCCCACUUUUUUAUAUUACUCGUAGUUAUAGUUGUAUUUUAAUGAAAUUCUACUUGCUGUAUGAUAAUGAUGAAAAAAGCAACCGAAGUUUACAUGAAUUAUUAGAAUUUAUAUUGUAUAUCAAACAUAUUUUUUUGUAGUCACGAAUAAAAAAUUUUAUCAUUUGCAA